UCACUACCUUCAGAAUUCAAGCGCCACAGCCAUCUUCCUCGAGAAUCAAAUUUUUGCAACACACAAAAAUCGCAGUUUCUUCUUCUUCUUCGCUCUCAUCGAUGGCGUCAAUUGUUCUAAGAAAACCUAGCAACAAAAGGAAAAACAGGAUCAAUCCAGAGAAACUCUUCUUGUACGACAAUUUCGCGUUCCCAGAUUUCGUGAAGAAGGCGCUGUCGGGCGCCUUCAGAGACAACAUUCGAGUUUUUCUUCAUGAUUUCGCGGAGAUUCAAGACUACUGCGUCAACGGAAUGCCGGUUUGGUGCACUUCGUUGUUCUCCGAGAACGACGUCGUCUGCCCGCUCUACACAGUGGAGGAAACCGUUCAGGACUCUCUCGACCCCUUCUGCAAUUACUGUGAAUUAUCAGGUUGGGGUCACCAUUUUGUUUGCAAGCGAAAGUAUCAUUUUAUAAUUCCGGCAAAAGAUGAUUGGAAUGAGCCGUUGGACGAAAAUUUUGCUGAAUUUGAGAGCCUUAAAUUGUACGGAUUGGUUCACUGCAACGGAUUCGGGCAUCUCAUCUGCAUCAACGGUUUGAAAUACAAUUCAAAUUUGUUUUGUGCAGAGGAUAGUAUGGAAUUCUGGGACCGUCUCUGCCUGCUUCUUAGAGCCAGGAGCAUUUCGGCCGAUCAUGUUUCGAGGAAGGGUUGGAUCGAGCUCAAUUUGAUCCACGGCAUAGCAUAUGGGAAAUCAUGGCUAACUAAAUGGGGCUACAGAUUUAGUGGCGAAAUCACAGAGGAGAAACACAACGCAGCUAUCCGAUCUCUGAGCAGAUUAAGUCUCGAUCUAAUUAUCAGUGAUUCCAAGAGCAAGAGUAGCAAAUCUAUUAUAGACAUGUACAGAAAGUGCAGCACGAAUCCCCUCUCCACAAUCAGUGAUCUACUUAAAUUCAUGCUGGCUUUCGAUUCAAGAGUCGACAUGGAUGGUAAUGGCGCGAGCAAGCUUGGUUCAAAAACAGGGGAAACGACACCAAUGGGGUUCGAGAAACUGGUGGAUUCUAUGAGAAAGAGCUGCAGGUGGCCGGCAAGAAGGCUUGAGCACGUACUCCUCGUGAUCGUUGAUCUGUUGAAGGAACACAAGAGUGAGAAUCCCGGGGGCGAAUGUGGCAUGUCGCGUCAAGAACUGAGAGACGGGGCGAGGAGGUGGAUUGGGGACACUGGCUUGAUCGAUUUCGUGCUCAAGUCGAUCAACUGUUUGACGGUGGAGAAUCUGAUCAUCCGUCGUGCCACGAAUCCCUUAUCCAGAUUGGCCGAGUUCAGCAUUCAAGAAUGCUCGCGGAGCUAUAAUUUAUCUCGAGAUGUGUGGACUGUUUGUGAGAAUGUGGUGGCGAUGUGGCCGGAAACUAAGCUUAUUCUUGAUUGUGAUCACUUUGUCAAAGACUGGCCUAUUCCUAUUGGGGGCAGGGGGAUGGUGCUGGUGUGCAAGGUGUUGCCGGGCUUUGAUGAGCUGGAGGGGCCGUUGGGGCGGCGCCUGUCGCCUGGGGUGGUCGUGGUGGUGGAGCCGUGGAAGACGGUAGCGGAUCUUGAGAUGGUGGCGCAGGGAGCCUUGAGGGAUACUUACUGUGUGAUGGAUGAGUUUGAGGUGAGCCAGAUUGGGGGAUUGAGGAAGGUUGAAGAUGACAAGGUGAUUAGCAGCACGUUCGAGCUCGGUGCAGUGGUUUGGGUCAGGGGCCGUUGCUUCGACAUGGCCACGCGCCUUAGGUAUGAAGACGGUGGCCGGAAAAUGAACGGCUGAAGGGAGGAGGAGGUGGGUACCACGGUAUGUUUAGACUGGAAUUUGUUCAAGUUAUGGGAUGUGAGUCUGUAGAUAUGUAGGCAAAAUUUUGUAGGUAAAAUAUGCAGAGUGUGGCCUGAUGUGUGUUAGGAUGGAUCCAAAGGCAACUAGGCAAUGUGUGUUUGUUGUCAUUCUAUGUUUCUAUAAAGUCUUCAUAUAAUAUCAUAUUUCAUUUUUGACAUGCAUAUGAAAUUAAAUGUAACUAGUGAACCUCUCUUUAUAAUAUAAUGUGUGGAUUUUGUUUUC